AUGAAUUAAUAAAUAGAAGUUUAUUCAUAAAAAAUAGCUUUGGUAAAUUUUCAUAUAUAUAUAAGAAUAGAUUCCUAACAAUCUAAUAGGUUUCAAAGUUACUGAUUCUCAUCUUACUGUGUCAUAAAUGUUAAUUGUUAAUUAAUACUUGAUUGUUAUUAGAAAAUUAGAGUUAAUUAUAAAAAUUUGGCAAAAUCUGGAAUUUGAUUGAACCUGAAAUAAUGGGAUAAAUAAUAAUAUUUUUAAUAGGAGAAUCUACUCCUUUCCAAAGAAUUUUUGAAAAAUAUUUUAGUUUUAAGCUAUUUUGUGUGGAAAAUGGUAAUUUCUAAAUUAUAUAUUUAGUUAAUGAUAAACUUAUAAUAAGUACAUGUCAAGGAACAUUAAUUAUCUAUUCUAUAACAGAAAAUUCAAUUCAAGAAAAAGGUAAUAUUUAGGUUUUAACAUCUCCAAUAUACAGAAUCCAUAAUUAUAAUUAAGAAAUUUAUCUUAUAACAGAUAGUUAAAUCAAGAUAUUAGAAUAAUAGAAUUACGAAUUGAUUGGAGGAGGAAGUCUGAAAAUAGAUUAUAAGCAGCAUGGGUUACCUGUUUAAAUUUUGAUAAUAAAGAAAAAUUAUUGUUUUUAGGUAUAAAAUAAAUUGUAAGAACUUCUUAAGGAUUUAUUUUAGUAUAUAAACGAACUGAAAAACUAGAAUUUCUAAAUUAAAUUAAAUGUAAUGUUAAAAAUGUAUGUAAAUAAUUGAAAAUUAUCUAUAUCCAUGUACUGAAAAUGGAAUAGUUAUUUUGCAAAUGCAAUACAAAGAUAAUUAGUUUAAAUAUUAGGAAAAACUGCAUUUGCAAGUUAGUUAAAUUUUGUUGGGUUCUAAAAAACUGAAACUUAUAUAUUUGGAUUUACUUAAUGCGGAUUAAUAGUGUAAUGGAAUCCAGAAAAUGGUCAAAUGAAUUAAGCUUACAAAAUAGUAAGUAUUGAAAAAAAAUAAUAAUUAAUGCUAAUAGAAUAAUUUUAAUAUCUAUAAUAGAUUGAAUACUGCUUCUAAUAAAAAGAAAAACAAAUAAAUCUUUAAAAUUUAACACUCCAAAAAACAAAGGUAUCCUUUUUAGAUAAAAUUUAAAGUCCUGA